UUUCAUUUUUCUCUAUUUAAAUCCGAACCGUCCGAAAACGCAAUUGACUGCUCUGAUGAUGCUCUGAGAGGACACCACGAGGUACGCAACGGCACUGAAAUUUUUUUCCCCGUGACCGGCUCUACUUCCCAUCUUCUCUCUCCUCUUAAUAUAUAAACCCAUCUCGAGCCUCACUCAUCAAAACCCAGUAUCAUCACUCUCUCACUCCACAACAAUGGCGGAGAGAGUGUCUAUCUUUUCCGUUUUGUUCGCUCUCUGUUUCUCCGUCGCCCUCUCCAGAACCCUGCCUCCGCAAAACCCCAGAACCGCCACCCUCGACGUCUCCGCUUCCAUCCAAAAAACCCUCGAAGUGUUCUCCCCCGAGUCGACUCAGCUGAACCAGGCCUUCUCGCCCCCGUCGUCAUCCCUCUCUUUCCGGCUGCAUUCCCGGUCCACGGUCCACAGAGCUCAGCACCGCGACUACAAGUCCCUCACCCUGGCUCGACUCGGCCGCGAUGCCGCCCGGGCCAAAUCGCUCCAGGCCCGGCUGGAUCUGGCGAUCAGCGGCAUUGCCGUGACGGAUCUGGAACCGGACGGUGAUAUGGUGUUCGAGGAGGAGGCGUUGCGGGCGCCGGUGAUAUCGGGGACGAGCCAGGGCAGCGGCGAGUACUUCUCCCGGGUCGGGAUCGGCCGCCCCCCGAGCCAGGUCUACAUGGUGCUCGACACCGGGAGCGACGUCAACUGGGUGCAGUGCGCCCCCUGCGCCGACUGCUACCAGCAGACGGACCCCAUCUACGAGCCCUCCUCUUCGACGUCGUUCUCCCCUCUCACCUGCGAGACCAAGCAGUGCAAAUCCCUCGACGUGUCCAUGUGCCGCAACAACACGUGCCUCUACGAGGUCUCGUACGGGGAUGGAUCGUAUACCGUGGGAGACUUCGUGACGGAGACAGUAACGUUCGCCGACUCGGCUUCUGUGUCUGACAUUGCCAUCGGCUGCGGCCACAACAACGAGGGCUUGUUCGUGGGAGCAGCUGGGCUGAUCGGCUUGGGAGCCGGCGCGCUGUCGUUCCCUUCCCAAAUCAACGCCUCUUCCUUUUCCUACUGCCUCGUGGACCGCGACUCUGAUAACUCCUCCACUCUGGAGUUCAACUCUGGGACGCCGUACGAAGCCGUCACGGCCCCGUUAAUCCGGAACAGCAAGCUCGACACGUUCUACUACGUCGACCUAACGGGGCUCAGCGUGUCCGGGGAGUUACUGUCAAUCCCUCCCUCGUCGCUGCGCCUCGCCGGCACCGGCGACGGGGGAGUCAUCGUCGACUCCGGCACGGCGGUGACGCGGCUGCAGUCGAAGGCGUACGCCUCGCUCCGCGACGCCUUCGCCAACGGGACGAAGAGCCUGCCGUCCACCAGCGGCGUGGCGCUGUUCGACACGUGCUUCGACCUGUCGUCGAUGACGAGCGUGGAGGUGCCGACGUUGUCGUUCCGCUUCUCGAACGGGAAGGAGCUGGCACUGCCGGCCAAGAAUUACGUGAUACCGGUGGACUCGAACGGGACAUUCUGCUUCGCGUUCGCGCCGACGGAGUCAUCGCUGUCGAUCAUCGGGAACGUACAGCAGCAGGGGACGCGCGUCAGCUUCGAUCUUUCCAAAUCCACGGUUGGGUUCUCCCCGAAUAGUUGCUAGUUUUAAGCUUAAACCGGUUUAAUGGAUUUUAUUUUAUUUUGUUUCGUGUAGUUGUUGGUUUUAGAUUGCACUAAUUUGAUUUGAGUGAGUUGGAUAGUGUGGGCCCGCCUAAUAAGCGUAAGGUGAUGCAGAAUGCCCGUGGCCUGUGGUUGUGUGCGUGAUUAUUACGUAGCUAGUGCCCGGUGGUUUUGUAUAGUGGUAUAAAUUAAUUGGAGGUUUGAGGGUAACAGAGGAACACCGGUGAAGAAGUUACU